GGAUCUGGUGCGUGGUGCUGCCUUCAGCUGCAUGCUUCCUUCCUCCAACAAUCUGCCAGCAGUCUCAAGGGUGGCAGCACUCUUUGUCGGACACCUUGCUCACAAGGAUGCAACCUUCAUCACGUUGGAGGAUAUGGGCUCUUACUGUACAUGGCUUGAAGGGAUGGCCGAGCAUAAUGAUGAAGAGGUGCGGCGUGCAGCAGAAAGCACCAUUUGUGUCAUGCAAAAAGCCGUUAACAACCAUGCUAAAGGGAGAGUCCACACACUAAAGAAAAGGUUUAUCCGGCAUGUGAAAAAAGAAAGAUGCCCCAAAGACUUCAAACACUCAGUGCCUGCUCGAAAAUCAUCAAAGUCAUCAUCCAAAGCUGUAAAAUCCAAAGCUGUAAGAGUGAUUUCGGAGGAGGAUGGCAGUGGGGUAGACAAUGCAGUGACAACAGUAGCUACCACAACUAUCACAACUUCUACUACAAGUCAACCUUCUAGUACAACAAGGCAGCCUUCUACUACAACCACGACAAAGCAGGCUUCUACUACAGUUACAAGGAAACAGCCUUCUACUACAACCACAGUGAAGAAACCUUCCACCACAACAAGGCAGUCUUCUACUAUGACCACCAUAAAGCAAACUCCUACUACAACCAAAGCUGUGGCAACUCCUAGUAUGACUGCAAUGCAGCUGCCUUCUACUGCUGUUACAACGUCAGCUUCUACUAUGACUACAACAAGGCUGCCUUCAACUAUGACCACAACAAGAGAGCCUUCUACAACUGCAAAUCAACCUGACACGGAGCGUACAACCAAAGGAAAUAAAAGUAUUGAAUCAACUUCUUUGAAGACCAUAUUAUCCAAACCCCUUCUCCCCAAUCCAAAAAAGUAACCACAUCCUUCAGCAUUACUACCACAAAACCAUUGAGGCCAAAUACUAGCUUGCCACCUCACACUUCUUCAAGUAUUAGUAAAAUACUGACUUCUACUGUGGCUAAAGUCACAGGUACGGCUGCUAUGAAAACCACAACUACUCCAGCUAAAGGGACAACAACAAUAUCCAAAAGAGACACUACUACUGUAGCUAUGGAAGCAACUUCAACAGCCGACAGAGACACAACCAAUGCAAACAGCCAGGCUGUAACAAGAAUGGAAAAAAGUGAAGCAACAAAUGAAAUUGAUAAAAGUGAUAUCACAGCUGCAAAUAAAGAGACUACAAUAAUAGACACUAAAGACACAAAUAGUAAUUUAGGCACUGCAAGUCCAAUACAGACAGCAGAUAUUACAACCACAGGGACUCUAAUAACUGAUAAAUCCGAUGCAACUGCAGAUUCCAAAGAAGCAACCACUGCAGAUAAGGAAACAACAUCUGUGGAAAGAAGAGAAUCAACAGCCAUUAAUCAGGAGCCAGGUAUGGAUGAUAAAAAAAGACAGUAGUACUGUUGAUGCCACAGUCAUCACUUCAGCUGAUAGAGAAAAGGCAACUACACCUCUCACAGAUACAACUACAAGUAUUGAGAAAGAGAUUAAAGAGUCAACCGCAGAGCAUAAUCAAGAGACAGAAAACUCUAAAGAGAGAUCUGUUACCAGAAUCAAAGAAAAAAUGACAGUUGGUGAAAUGGAAACUUCAGAAAAUCAAAAAGAUUCUAGUGCAACUGCUGUUACUGAGGGGAUGCCAACUGAAUUGCUGCCAACCAUAGCCGAUAGCUCAAAAAAAGAGACUAUGACUCCAUCAAGCCCAAAUUCUAGAGAUACUACAAACACAAUAGAAUCAGCAAUUACAUCUCGGACCAUCAGAGAAAUUGAUCAAAGUCAGGAACCAACGAACAAGCCAGAGCAACUUGUAACUCUAGAUAAUUCAGAUCUCAUUCCUGAUGUUCUGCUAAGAGGUACACCUCUGCCUGAGGUUGAUUUUGGAAGUGUGAGACCAGAACAGAGUAGUACAGUGACAGAGACAAUAAUAGAGACUGAUCCAACAAGAGACACAGCCAAUCCUGAUGGUGAUGAUAAAAAUUACAAACCAGAAAGUAGUACUACAGUCAGAGCAUCAACAAUGACACAGACUGAGCCAACAAGCAACACAGACAGGCUUGAUGGCAGUUAUACAAAUGACAAGCCAGGAAGUAGCACAACAGUUACAGAGACAACAGUAACACAGACUGAUCCAACAAAUGAUGCACGCAGACUUGGCAGUGAUAGUAACACACCAGAAGGGACAACUUCUAUACACAGAGUAUAA